AUGGCCACGCAUCACGUUCGUCACCUGUCCCAUCAAUCCAAGAAGUCGCAGCCGCCGCACGCACGGCCCUCUCGGCCUCUGUCAAAGCGCGUGCAAUCCCACGCGACCAAGGCUGCUUCCAAAGUCGCUCCCUCCAAAGACGCCGACCUCGCCGUCGACGACGACGACGAAGACUCAAUGGCAGUGAGCUUCUUGAACUACUGCACUGUUUGCGAGAAGCAAAUUGUUGUUCCAAGCAACACCGUGCUCUACUGCUCAGAAAGCUGCAAGAAAAAAGACGCGGAGAAGAGCCUCAACUACUACUACGAUCAUUACUCACCGCCAACCACUCCUUUCGCAAACUUCACCUUUGACGACCUUGCCUUCCGUGACAUUGUUCCCCAGCGCUCCCCCACCCAGCCCGACUCAAAACGCUCGUCAUGUGCCUUCUCCGAUGUAUCAUCGGAUGACAACACCGAUGACCGGUAUCAGUCCGACGCAUCAAAAUACUUGCGCAAGUUUCAAUCGGCACCCACUUAUGCACCUGAUAACAUGCGAGCCUAUCGACCCCGCUACAACCGUGCAUCAACAUCACAGUACAGCACUAGCGCUGCCCCUUCGCUGUCACAUACUCCGGCUUCUUCAGUAAGCUACUCGCUGCCAUAUACCCCAGCUACCACGCGCCCUCUUCCUCCUAGGACCAAGCCGUCCCGCAACGGAUCAUAUGGAGGAGGAAAGUCGAUCGAUCUUGUCACACCUGUGACUGCUCCUUCAAGUCCCAAGUCGUACUCGCACAAGUCACCCGCCGUAUCCAGGACUUCGGUCAGCACCAUCGAAGGCGAGAUUGUCUACGCAAAGUCACCCGUUCCCGAACCCUCAGUUGCCAGCGGUAGUCUUGGUCGAUUACUCGCCUCAUCACCUCGUCACGUCUAG